UCCCUCAUUCCCCCCCCCCCCUUCCCUUUCCCUCAGCCUCACCUCUUCACACACCUGAAGAAAAGUCAAGUUGAAACUCUCUCUCACACAACAUGCCGCGGAGGAAGCAGCAAGCACCCAAACGGGCUGCAGUUUAUGUUCCAGAUGAGGACUUGAAGACAGGAGAACUGAGAGAAAGAGAAGAUGCCAGCCCUUCUGCUGCAGAAUUGCAAGGUAAUGGUUACAUGUGCACUGAGGAGGAAGAGGAGGAGGAGGAAGAAAGCAAAGGCAGUUACAGCUACCAGAAUUCCCCAGUCAGUGCAAUGUCCAAUCAGGAUGCAGAGUGUGAAUCCCACCUGAGUGAUACCAGUGACAGAUUGGCUGACUUUAAAAGUAUUUCUUCCCGGGAUGGACAGGAAAAGGAAGAACAAUCAAACGGAGAGAUAAAGAAUGGCCAACAGAACAGUUUAGGAGCAAUGAGAGCUGUUUAUGCUAGCUUUCUAUCUGAUUCAUAUUGGUCAAGUCUGGGAUUUGACCUCAAACAAUCAAAGACUGAAAGGACAAGCUGCAAGAGCAGCAAUGAGAGCACCAAAAGUAGUUUUGAUUGGCACCAAGAUGCAUUAUCCAAAACAUUUCAACAAACAUCCUCUGGCAGGCCAGUGCCUAAACCAAAUCUUUUCAGUUCAGUGCAGUUGUACAGGCAAAAUAACAAGUUGUUUGGGACUGUUUUCACAGGUGCCAGUAGGUUUCGCUGCAGAGAAUGUAGUGCAGCAUAUGACACUUUGGUAGAGCUAACUGUACACAUGAAUGAUUCAGGACAUUACCAAGAUGAUAAUCAUGAAAAGGACGUGGACCGCAACAGCAGUUGGACAAAGACACGAAAACGGGCUUUGCAGGACAUUGAUGGGAUGCAUGAUGCCCAGAAAGUUUUAAAGUGUAUGUACUGUGGACAUUCAUUUGAUUCCCUCCAAGAUCUGAGUGUCCAUAUGAUAAAAACAAAACAUUACCAGAAAGUGCCUCUGAAGGAACCUAUGCCACCUAUUGGAUCAAAGUUAGUCCCUCCGACAAAAAAACGAGCCCAGCAUGAAGUUAAUCAGCCUUGUUCGCCAGAUUCAACAACUGGAGUUGCAGGUACUUUUGCAGGUGAAGCACAAAAGAAUUCAAAUCCCUAUGUGUCAUCUAACAAUCGCUAUGGUUAUCAAAAUGGUGCCAGCUAUACCUGGCAGUUUGAAGCCUGUAAGUCUCAAAUCCUAAAGUGCAUGGAGUGUGGAAGCUCGCAUGACACAUUACAGCAGCUCACAGCUCAUAUGAUGGUAACAGGGCACUUUCUUAAGGUAACAAACUCUGCAUCAAAGAAAGGAAAACAGAUUGUUUUUGACCCUUUGGCUGUCGACAAAGCACAGUCAGUCACUGAAGGGCCAUCAAAUGAAACCCAACCAUUGGCGCCGGUCAGCAAAUUGCCUCCAGAUUCAUUAACACCCUCAGUAUCAGAAGAUAACAAAACCCAUGAAGAAAAGCAAGAGAUAUCAGAAGACAUGGAAAAACAGCAAAAAGAUAAAGAUGAUUGCAAAGAUGACAACCUGGAAAAGAUCUUUGAUCCUACACUUCAGUAUCAGUAUAUAAGAGAGGAAGAUCUAGAAGAGAGCUCAAAGGGGGGCGGAGAUAUUCUUAAAUCCCUGGAAAACACUGUUACUUCAGCCAUCAACAAAGCCCAAACUGGGAGCCCCAGCUGGAGUGCUUAUCCUAGCAUUCAUGCUGCCUAUCAGCUCCCUGGUAUUAUUAAACCUGUGCAACUUGGUACGCAAAUAUUACAAGUUAAGCCAAACCUGAAACCAAUAGCUCCAAAAGUCAGAUAUUUCUCUGUUAUUACAAGUAACCAAAACCAACCCCUUCAAUCCAACAAUGACCAAAUUAAGGAAGAGCCUAUUAGUCCAUCUCAUGAACAACUUUCAUCCAAAUUGGAAGAAAGCAAUAUUGAGAAAAAGGAUCCAAAAUUAAGUCUUCAAUCUGGGGUAAUUUCACCAUGUAAAAUGGAAUGUGAGAGCCCAAUAAAAACAGAAAUUCUGCCUGAUCAGCCAAGGACGCAUUCCCCUUGUUUGAAAGAUGCUGACGAAGCAAAAGAAAGGUUCAAGAAAGAGCCUGUAAAAAAUGACACAGGCUCUCCAAAUUUUUCAAUGACCAAUGGUUGCUCUGGAAUGACUGUUAUCACAGACCAUCCAUCUGAACAACUUUCUGUCAGUCCACUUAGUGCAUUGCAGUCUAUCAUGAACACUCAUCUUGGCAAAGCUGCCAAGCCCCUUAAUUCAAACUCUGACCCUGUAACUAUGUUAUGUAGACUCAAUAAAAGUUUAUUGGAGAAAUCAGCUUCACCACCAAGUUUAGUUAAGCCAUCUAAUCUUGCUGAUCGAUAUUACUAUGAAAGUAGUGAUCAACCAAUCGAUCUCACAAAGUCUAAGAGUGACAAAGCUGCCCAAUCAAACCCAGUCAAACCCUUUACUUCACUACCUUCCAAACAUGCUUUAUCAGAUAUUGCUGACAUGGUAAAGGUCCUCCCUAAAGGCACAACACCAAAACCUUCUACCUCAUCGAAGAUGACAGCAGAGAGGUUAGAGACUGAUGUGAGGAGCUUUGAAGAUGUGUCAAUGGAAUUUUUACCAGUUCAGAAAAGAAAAGGUCGGCAGUCAAACUGGAAUCCCCAGCAUCUUCUCAUUCUUCAGGCCCAGUUUGCUGCCAGCCUUUGGCAAACAGGUGAAGGCAAAUAUCUAUUAUCAGAUCUCGGUCCACAAGACCGCAUGCAUAUUUCAAAGUUUACUGGACUCACCAUGACUACCAUAAGUCACUGGCUUGCCAAUGUAAAAUAUCAACUAAGAAAGACAGGUGGAACAAAAUUCCUUAAGAACUUAGACACAGGACACCCAAUUUUCUACUGCAAUGAUUGUGCCUCCCAGUUUAGGACUCCUUCCACUUAUAUUGGUCAUUUAGAAUCCCAUUUGGGCUUCACUAUGAAAGAUAUGGCAAAAAUUUCUGUACAGCAUGCCAGAGGGGAUCAAGAAGUGUCUAAAGUGACACCUGAGAAGUCAGCAGGGCCAUUGGUAACAGAUGAGGACACAGGCAGCAAGUUCCAGUGUAAUCUGUGUAAUCGAACUUUUGCUAGCAAGCACGCAGUAAAACUUCACCUCAGCAAAACGCAUGGCAAGUCACCAGAGAAUCAUUCGCAGUAUGUAACUGAAUUAGAGGAAGAGUAACAACUCAAGGGGCAAAGGUAAACAAUGAUCAUAAUCUGCAGUCCAGGCAUCCUUUUCCCGGCCCUCUCCUGCAUCACUUCAGCUGCGACAUUGAACUCCAAGUGCUCUGACUGCAAAGAGCACUCAACUCCAGCAGUUACUCUUCAUUCUCACUAACAAUUUCGUAAUGAAGUAUUGAUUUUUCACCUCGAUUCUUAUGGAUGUUAUUAGAUUUUCAUUGAUAAACUGUGCUCUGCCUCUCUACUCCCUGCUGUUUCUCUGGAGCACAUAUACAACAAAGUGUUUCUGUGGGGAAUAAUGGCCGGGAACAUUGAUGUGCUUAUUUCGUCAAUUGGUUACUCCUGAUGGCAAAAAAGGUACAAUUUUUCAAACUUUAAUGCUCGAGUUUAAUGCAAAGAUACAAUCAGAUUGGACACUAAUGUCUUUACUGCUGAUACUGACAUUGAAUUACGGCUGAAUCGGGGCUGUGGCCCAGAGAACGCUUUCUAUGAAGGAGGUGCUUUGUAGCCAGUGUAGUUGUCAAUGUUCCACUUGGGUUUCCCACUGCAGUCUUAACAGCACAAGGGAUCAAUCUGUCUAACUAAGAAGAAAAGGACUGAUGAAGCAGUGAGUGAGGUCCAGCCAGAGAGAGAGAAAAAAACUUGUACACUGUUAAUCAUCUGCUGCAAUAAUGCACAGAAUCAGCUUCUUUGUGGGGAGGAACAUGGACUAACACAGACACUUUCGCUGCCAGGAGAAUCAGUCUAUUGCUGUCGCUGUAUAAAAAAUAGCCUCUGCCUACAUCCUACAUCACACCAAGUCUGAAUCUACAGCAGAAGGAGAAGGAAAAACUUAUCAUGAGGAAGCAGACAGCUGAAGUUCAAUCCUGAUACAUUCUUGUUUCCACAGACAGUAUAAGCUAUAACGCAGGAUGCAUGGCAGACACCCGGGGUGUAGGGAAUGAAUCUCCAUUUAUCCCUGAUAAAGUCACAAGAGACAAAGUCACAAAUGAGUGAUGAUGUUGCAACUAGGAGUUCAAUAAAUACCACAGGCAUACACACCAGAUAUUCAGUUUAUUCACACGACUGGAGAAAUGUGUCAGCUUUUUUAGUGUAACUUUUAUUUUUGGAAUGUUCAAUUACUGACUUUUUUUAUUAUUAAGACCAAUCAACCUUGUACAAGUCAGUGUUAGUCCACCAAGCUUAUAGCACCACUCUGACAUACAACCAGUGUGCAGAGGAUGUACAUCUGCAAUCUGUAGUUAAUGAAAAAUAUAACCCACUCAGAACAAUCUGAUUUCAUAAAUGCAGGUGCCCUGGGCUUAUGAGGUCCAUCUAGAAAAUAGGAUUGUUUUGUUUCAAUGCUCACUGGCAUGUAUCCAAUUUAUCUCACACUUUAUUAUUAAUGAUCAUUUCAAAUUAAGCUUUUCUCAGUUUUGUCUGUUGCAGUGUGUAUUGGCUUGAUUUGAAGUUGCUGGAGAUAAGUCCUAUCAGUAUACAUGCAGCACAAAUAAUUUUAAAAAGCCUUGCGUUAUUCAAUGGGUUUCUCAUUUGUCUUUAUUGAUGAAGUCUAAGGACGAUCUCAGCACAGGCCAAGACAAGCAGACCAGUAUUGCUCAAACGUUAAAAUCAGUACACCACUCAUUCCUUUCCUAUCCUUCUCACUUAAUUAAAAAUAUGUGAUGCCCGAUUUCUAAAUUCCUUUGAUGAAAAAGAUUUCUUGAGACCAAAAGGACCUGUAGUUUGUGACUCCCAACACUAACUGACUACAUUGCUGCCAUUUUAUCAUUGCAGAUCUGAGGUUAUGCAUGAUUUGCAGUGAAGCUGCCUCGUUUUCAGUUCUCACACAAAGCAUAAUUGUGCAAUAAUAAGCAACUACUACAUGACAGAUUUCUCGGUGCUAAGGUUCUUCUUUUUCUUGUCAAAAUGUAUUUCUGAAAAAAAUGUAUAGACAUGAUAUGCAACAAUCAUGUUCUUGCAGUGGCCCUCAUUGCAAAUUUAAUGUCACGUGGUAGAUUUCCACUGUGCUGUUUGGUUGUUGCAGAUUGCUUGCAUGUGGUAGAUCUGCCCAGUGAUGAAAAUCAGGUUGUUUCUACAACUGAUGGCCAAUCCUCAAUGCCACUUUCCAGGCUCUAAUCUGAAAAGAUAUGCUGCCACUUCUUUCUGGCUUGAAUAAUCUUAUCUGGCAACAGUAAGCCUUGUCCAUGUGCACUCCCAGGACAUCAUGUGUCAAGUACCACUUCAGUAUUCUAUACCACUGCAUCUUACUUUUCUAUACUUGCUGUAAUUUAAAUGAUUGUUUUCAUAUUGUUUUUCAGAGAGUUACUCAUUGGAUAAGUAGAUCUCUUUAGUCCAGCUGCCCUUAAGAAGUGAAAGGUUUUCAGUUUGUGUUCUAACAUGACAUAAACCCCUGGCCACGUUAAAAGUGAACAUUUGAUAUGAAAAGAAACCCUCUUCCCCCAUAGUCUGGUCAGUACUUAUAAAUAAUUUCUGCGGAACCAGGUUCUCUCUGUUAUCAAGUAUAGCAAACAAAAUUACAACAAGUAAUUACACCCUCCACACACUCUAAAUGAUCUCAGAAAUUACCUGUUACACGCACUAGUGGCCAUUGCUUCUGAUUGAUCGGAGGCAAUGUCCCAACAAAAAGGAUUUUUAUUUUUGCUUUACAUACAUCAGUAACCAUUCACAACCCGGCUUAGAGGUCAUGUAAUCUUGCUAAUUUGAUGAUAUAUAUUUUGUAAAUAUAAUUCUUGAGUUUGGACUCAAAAUGACACAAGUUUCCUUUCAAUAAGCAUUUAUUAGGAGCAGGUACAAGAUUUACAAAAAGUUCAAUUAGUUAUUUGGUUACUAUAGAUUCAAGUAACAUAAUAGUCAUAAAAGUAAGGAUCUGGGAGUAUAAUCUAUAAAUAAAACAGCUCCUCACAUUAAUAAAGACCUUGGUCACCAAUAAAAUCUCAGUGCUGCUGGCUGGGAGCAUCUGAUCAGUUGUAGCAUUCAAUCAGUGCACAACAACUGUUUAUCACCUCACAAUUCGAACAUUCAUCACUUGAACUUCUUACCUGGUAAUAUUAUUGAACAUUUGAAAGGCCAAGAUGAUUCAUCCUAUUUAGUUAGAUAUUCCCAAACCAUAUGAAAUGGCUGACUAGAUGGUUUGGAUUUGGCAAUGCAUUGCAAAAUUCACAGAAAUAAAUCCAAUUAUUUGCUAGUGAUUUCACAUUAAGAAAAAAGCAAUGCAGUGUUAGUAGCACUGCAUGCAAUUCCCAUCAACGAUAUCCAUGUUUUAAAUCUAUAAGCUUCCAACAGUGUCCUUAAUAUAAUUCUCCUGUGUUCCCAUUUUGGCCAUAGGUGCCAGGACAAAUUGACAACUUCUAUCAUAUUGGGCUUCUAACUGUUAAAUGUAUCACAGGUAAUGAUAAAUGUUGAGAGUAUCAUUGUGGCAUCACUUUGGAAAUCUAAUGUUAAUUUCAAAGUCCUUCGAAUUUCAAUGCCAAUUCAUUGAAAAACCAAGCAAUUGCAAAUAUGUAAUAUAUAAUCAUGGCAGUUAUUCAUAUAGCAAACUACUCAGUAGUGAACAUAAUUGAUUUGAAUUGAAUGGAUUCUAUUCUAAAUGGAUUCUAUUUUUAAUGUUAGCAAUGCUCCAGGAGGAGUGUUAUGAGGUUUUUGUCAAAACUUGAAUCCCAUUUCAGAGAGGAGGUAGUGAUGUAGUGGUAUUGUCAGUGGUCUAAUAAUCAAUAACCCCAAUGUUCUGGGGAUGAGUUAAAAUCCCACCAGAUGGCAAAAUUUGAAAAAUAUGGUGACCGUACAACCAUAGACAAUUCUUGUAAAAACCCAUCAGUUCAUUGAUGCCCUUUGGGGAAGGAUAUCUAUUAUCCUUACUUCACCUUGCAUGUGACUCUGGACCACAGUAAUGUGAUUACUCUUGACUACCCUUUGGGCAGUUAGAGGACAUACAAAUGCUGGCCUAGCCAGCAAUGUACAUCGUUAAGAAAACAUUUCCAUUCAAAUUCUUCUUAAUUAUUAUUUAGAAGUGCUUCUUAGCUUUAAAUCAGUCACCAUUUCCCAUCCUACUGCUAAGUGCCUGUUUUACAAUAUCCUAACAUUCUCCCUUCACUCCAACCUCCACAUCUCUCAAACUCUUCAAUUCACUACUGCUUGGACUGGUACUUGAAAUGUCUGAUCAUUGUUCAUAUCAGGACUGGGCAAGAUGUCUCAGAGCCUGCUACUAGUGCUCAACUAGCACAAUGGGUUCCUGAUCAUUGCAGAGUUGUUGCAUGGUACCUUAAGAAAAUACACAAACUUUUCUUCAUGUAGAAAGGGAAAAACCUAACAAAAAACUGUCUUUUUUUUUCACAAUGCACAUCCAAUUAGUCAUUUACUGAGUGCCAUUUAUGUGGGGACCAUAAGCAGAGAUCUGGUCCCAGUUUGCUCUCCCAGCCAAAGUGUACAGAAUGUGAGGAGCAAAAGAAUGAAGUAAAAUUAUAGGGUGGAAGAGACAUUUUUACUUUGGUAUAUAAAUCCUCUUCCAAAACAAAUGGCUUGGUUAUAUUCUUUGCCAUCAGUUUUGACAGAGACUUGCCUUAUUUCAAGAACUGUGUGCCGCACUGUGAUCUUGAUCAGUAGGAAAUGAAAACAAUCUGAUUGCAACUCCUUGAUUAUGACACUACUUACCACAACCAGUCCUGUCCCUUAAGGAGUUAAUUCCAAGUCUCAGAUUGGAAUUCAAUUGUCUUGCAGCCCUCUCCCUUUCUUGUGUUUAAUUUGUCAUUCAUCCUCUUUAAUUGGGCAUUGUAAUAACUUUUCAGUUUUAUCACUGAAUCUCCAUAGAGUCUAGAUACCUCCACACAUCUGAAGGUUAUAUGAUGCUUUGUGACCAUGUUCAAUAACAAUUCAAUAAAAUCAUCCGCCACUGAAAAUUCUGGAGCCACAAAUCUCAUUUUGCUUUAAUACAACUGACAACUAGCACAGUUAUUGUAUAUUUUUAGUGUAGAAAUCACCUCCUUAUCCUGUAUAAUUCAGCGUGGAUAGAGUCCUUAGGGGCAGAGAAAUUCUUGUCCACUGCUGAAGAUCAAGGCGGGCAGACAGCAGAUGGAUUUGAUUGUUCUGUGUCUUGUGCAGACCUGGGGAGUAGACUGGGGAGGUUAGACAUAGAGAAAUGAGCAUAGGAGAAGCUUGUGGUGGGUUGUGACUGAAUGAUGCCUGACAGGAAAGCCUUUCAGUCUUUUGUAUUACAAAAUAAAUUCUAUAGCCCUCUUAAACCCAGCAUAAAAAAUCUGUCAUUCACCUCCCAGGGACUAUGUCAGUCAAACUCCAGUCGGACAUAAUAGCAAAAUUGCAUUUCUCAGGGCAUGCACAGCCAGGUUCAGAAUACAAAAGUAUCAUGCUUUGGGGAGAAGGGAAAAAAAAGAAAAUGAAGUUUCAGAAAUGUCAUUCUGAGGUAAUGAGGCGUGGGCAGAAAAUAUACCCCGCGCAUCAUUUGAUAGAGAUGCUGGUCGAAAUAGCUUCAUUGAUGUGUCAGCAUUCGUCUAUCAAUCAAUCAUCCAUUACACUUUUCAAGUAACAAUAACUGCAAAAGCUACAGGGCAGCUUAUGGAAUUCGUUUAUGGGUAUCAAAAACAGCAGUUAAAAUGCAGUUUUGACAUGAAAAGUAUGAAGCAAGUAAUUUUUUUUACGGCAGAAAGGAAAGAUGCACUAGACCAAGGAGUGCUUUGAUGAUAUGGUUGUGGUUUGACUUUAUUUAAUGUUUCAACCUAAAGCGGAAAUGAAAGUUUCUUCACUCCUUUUGUCUGUGGUAUUAUCCAGCUGGACACUUGAGUCAUGCCGGAAAGAAGACAGCACUUAGCUAUCUUAUUUGUACACAGAAUUGAGGAAUUAAUGGGCAACCUUUAGAAAUACCUCUGUAAAGUAAAAUUUUGUUCCUUUUUUGACCAGAAACUCCUUCCAAGUAAUCGACUUUUAGCCUGGAUACAAUAUGCUCACCAUAUGUAUACUGCAAAUCCCCUAGCUGUCCAAAAAGACUGCAGUAGUUCAAUUUCUUUUUGGCUUUCCUCCAAAACAAGGCAGAUUAACAUUAUAGAUGUUCUACUUUAGGAGGCUUUUGACUCCGGACACUCACCAUUUUUGUUACAGAGCACCAAGUUUUCAUUGCAUUUGCAGUAGAGGUGAUAGAACUUCAUUUUAAAUAGGUGUUUUUAAUGUAAUAACAGCAAAACUCAUUCACUGUCAAAAAAAUUGAAAUUAUUUUUCAACUCAGAUGCUAAAAUAUUGUUGAAUUGAAAGUUGAACUUACGAGUUCUCAAAUCAGUUUGAGAGCAAGCAUCUGUUUAUACCAGUGCUGAUAGCCCGAACAUGUGAUUUAAAAAGCCAGGUAGUCCAGUAUUUUGUUUUCUGUACUUUGGCUUCUGUCCUAAUUGCCAGCUGGUCUUUUUACAAAUAUCAUUUAAUUGAUGCUACCAAUUAUCAUGUCUCUAACAAUCUACAUUUAGGUGUAAAAAUAUAUGAUUGCAGAAAGGACAAAAUGAACAUGGCAAAUAUGUUUAAAACAUAGACUCAGGCCAAUGCAGCUUCAGAUAAAUAAAACCUGAAGCAUUUGGGCACUACUAAUCAACUCUACUGAUUUUUCAGUGGCAGUGCUAGGCUGUUUAUGAUGCUAUUUGAAUUAAUUAGGGCAUGUUGGGUCUUUUACUUUAGAUUCUUUUGUCCGUUGUAUUGAAAGACUGUGGUUCCGGAUCAAAAGAGCCAGGUCAUAGGCUGGAUUGUAGAUGGCUCAGCAACAUAGCGUGUUAGUGUUAAAGGCAAUAUAACAAUUGUCCAGCUCUGUCAUCUUAAAGUUCUUUAUAUCUAUAUGCACCAUUUAUUCCUGCUACCAGGAUAUUUUUCCCAAACUGUACCUAGAUUUUGCCAGUUGACAUCAUUUACAGAUUCCAAAAUUUGAGAAAAGGAAAUAAGGUAGGUUUGGUAAGCGUAGAUUUUAUUUUGAGUUUGUAGUAAUAUUCACUAGUCCUGGCUUAUGUUUAGAGCAUAGAGGUGAUCAGUGUAGCUCUGGUAGUGUGGAUGGGUGUCAUGCAGAUCAAGAAUCAUCAUAUGUACUUCCAGGAUAAGUCUCUUGUAAACUUUAGUGCAGACAAGUGUCCCUUUGAUUUUGAUGUGCUUGGGCAGAACGAAGUCUGCAAUUUUAUUUCAGAUGAACUCUGAAAAGGGUCAUCCGAAAAUAUGCAGCUUGUGAACUAGUGAAGAGCUGUUCUGAUUCCCAAUAAUAGUAUACAUGCAUAUGUAUAAGACCUGGAUGGUUGACAUCAAUUGCAAGGGCACAACCAAUAAGUGAACAACUAAUCCUUCAGUUGUCAAAGCAGUCAGCCUUGAAUCCUCCAAUGAAACGGAGCAAACUCGAAUUGAAGAAUAAACCAUGCAAAUGCCCAGAAUUGGAUAGGAGACAAUGAAACCAUUGUGCUCAAGUUCCAACAUUUAAUUGUACAUUGACUCUAAUUAUUCAAUUUAAACACGAUGAAGGAUAAGGAUAAGAUAUCGUUUCAAAAUAACUUUGUGAUGAGCUGGAAUCAGACAUUGGAAGGACUGUUAUAAUACAUUACAUAGGCAUUACUGAUAAGGUCUGUACUACAUUACUGAUAUCAGUAGCUCUAGAAUUAGCAACUAACCAAUGAGAUGUUGAGUCUUCUAAAAGUAUUUGCCUGUUAAGAAGAUACCAUGCAAAAGGAGGAAACCAGGUAGUUUAAUUAGUAAUAUAAAGACUUGAGUAAGAUGGUAAAAUUUGUACUUGCUGCCAUCAAUAAUAAUGAAAUGAUUUAAUUGUGUAUGUGCUACAUUGAAUAAUUAACAGCUUCUGUUCAUACUCCACAAACUUAACCUUGGGCCAUGUAUUGUACCUGAAAUUGGUCUGUCACUAAGUACUAAGGUUGUCACUGCAUUAAUAUAAAUAGUGCCAGCACAAAUUCAGAUGGAUUUAGAAGCUUAAGGACUACAAAAAUACAUCAAUUGAGAUUUUCCUUCAAGUUUGUAUGUUGAAUAAAAUUUCAAGCUAGUGUAUGUGUAGUUUUGUGAAAACAAAUAUCCCACUCAAAACCUUUACCACAAUGAGGUCAUGUCAGCAAAAAUCAUCUUUAAGUAUCAAUUUAGGAAUAUUUGCAUUAUACUAGAAACUUUUCAACAAAGACAAUAGAGCAAUGAAAUGGUUAAGUCAGUUUUUUUUAACAUUUCUCUCUGUACAGAUGACUUCAAAAUGACUGACAACAGUUGUCCUCCAGUUACGUUAUGUACCCAUAUAGUUUAAUUAAGUCUAUAUAUAGCCUGCUAAUACUUACUCAGACAUUUUAUAACAUAACCGCAUGCUGUAUAUAAAUAUUCUUACAUUCUUUUUUAAAAAAAUCCAAUUGUAUAUUCACAUUAAUUGGAGCCGCCCAAAGGCUUGAGGGUGGGGGGAGGGAGGGGGAGGGGGGUGUGAAAUUGCAAGGGAGUAACAGGCACAGGGGAGUUGUAUUGUUUAGGAGUACAUUAGAAGGAUUAGAAGAAACUGCACUUCAAUUUUUUUAAUGAAGAUGUGAAGCACUGUAUAAACAUGUAAAAUAUUCAACCCCAAGUCUGUUAGGGAGAAUGCUUUCAUGUUUUGUUGGUCGUUCUUUUGACAAAAUGCUCCAUUUUUUGUUGUACAGAUAUUUACCUGCUAAAUGCUACUCUACCUUUUGGCUUCCAGGCUUUUAAACAAUGCAAGUGGCAUCGAAAGCUUUUGGAUUCAACUCGUUUUUUUUCUAAUCUGAUGACAGUCAAUACGAAAAUUGGCCAAGUCAAAAAUCAACUUAUUCUGAGGUCCUAUUGAAAUGCUCUCUUCCCCAACUUCACAUAAUUCAAUACCAUUGAUAGGCAAAAUCCACUCGUAUGCCUCAUGUAAAUGUUUAGAAGGCAGAGACCACAAAUGAGGGUUUCUCAUGCUUUGAUUUAAUAUUUAUUGCAUCUUUUAAUCAGUAUAUGAAAUAAAUAAAUUAGUAAAUAUAAACUAUUAAAUAGCAAAACAACAUUGGAAAUGAAAAUGCCAGCCAUAUAUUUAUGCACUGACUUCCAAAAAUAAUGAAGUUUUCUUGCAUUUCCACCAAGUAAUUAUUUUUUAAAUAAAACUUGAGAAACUAUUUCCUGGCAUUGAAUAGAGGUGUCCAAGAUUAUAGUCUUGUACUGAAUGGAAAUUGUUUAUCACUAAACUAUUGUAACUUUUUUUAUUGGUUGAAACCUAUUCAAUAUCUGAAACAUACUGGUGUAUAAUUUUAUGACACACUGCCUUUUGUUUUAGUACAGUCAUUCCUGUACUGUCUGUAUUGUUCAGUUGAAACUGCUUGUAGUGUUGAUCCACUGAGACACAAGCCCCAAAUAAGGCUCAUUUUUGUCAGACUGGGUUCUCCAAUGAUAAUGACCUACAAUACAGAAAAAGUGGAUGUGUAUAAAGAAAAACAAACUGAUGCACUUAUUAAAGAGAACUAUUUAUAUGAUUAAAAAAAUAUAUAUUUAGAUUUUUUCCAAGCACAACUCUGAACAAAAAGUGCUCUUUUUAUGCUUUAUGAAAAUGAACUGUUUCUGAUCUUUCUACAUCAGGCUAAAUAAACUGUGUAAAGACAUUUGAA